AUGGCAUCCAUCUAUCCGAUAUCAGGAUCAGAUUCAGCUUCGCCAUCAAGCGUCAGAGGCGCUUCAUCAGAUCCACCUUCACAUCCGACGAAUGGGCAUCAUCCAACUGUCCAUCACCACCCUUACCAAUCAGAAUCACCAUUUGGUAGAUUCGAUCAUGGAAAGAAGAAGAAUGUCAAGAUGGUCUCGACUAAUGGGGUCGGAGACUCCUCGCCGAAGGAAGGUCCAGUCAAAGCUGCGUGCCUGAGCUGUAGGAGCAAAAAGGCCAAAUGUGAUGGGGUCAAACCAGUUUGCGCAGCGUGCGCAAAGAAAGGCUUAUUGUGCGAGUAUGUCAAAUCUCGUCGAGGUGGGCCCCGUGUCAGACGACCGCCUCCGCCUUCUGCUCUUCGACAGUUCUUGUCCAAACUCGACGCAUUCUGGGUGGAUCGUGGCGAUGGUGUGCCGUGUGGUCAAGCCAGCGAGAAUGAGGACACGACCAAUAUCGUUCGAACCUUUUCCUCACGGGACGAGAUUCUCCGGUGCUACUACACUGAACUUCACCCUUUCCUCCCCGUCAUGCCUUUGCGCAAAUGGAUACAUGAAGUUUCCGGUAUCCUCUUACCGAAAUCGCCUUUCCUCCUCGCUUCAUCAACCCUCCUCGUCCUCGCGCCACACACCCAAGAUCCUGCACCAGGGUCACCGAAUUCCAAGCGACUCCGGUCCGCCGCUGCGCAUCAAUUGGCCCAGGAAACUAUCACGACAGUCGACCAGCUCAUCAGCGCGGGUCAAGCCAACGUGGAGUGUGUACAGGCCUUGACAAUGUUGUCGAUGUACACUUGGGGAGCCACCCUGAAUCUAGGACUCACCAACACGUACGCUGAAAGAGCCAUCAACCUCUCCAUUCAGCUCGGCAUGAACUUUUUAGAUCAUGGCAAUCGCUCGCCGACAGGCAACGCCGUGGAAGAUGGCGAGUGGCAAAAGGACAUGAUCAGGCGGACGUUCUGGGUCGCAUAUGCCCAGCAAAUGGUCACGACAUUGUCCGCCGGUCUACCAGCUUUCAUGCCUUAUACUGACGAGUCUCAAUUCGAGAUCGACUUCCCGGCCUGUACCAUAAAUGAUCGAUCCUGGUCACAAUGGAUCAAUGCUCAGAGGCGAAUUCAAGCGGUUCUCGAAGCUGUCGGCUCCGUCUACUACCAGCGGGCAGCUCUGCAAGCCUCGACGCACGGUAUGACCUCGUUCAACACGGCAGAGGAAGUGCAAAGAGAUAUCGACACUCGUCGGCAAAUGAUCAACAUGGAUACCGAGAUCCUCAACAUGCUCAAAAAGACAGAGCAAGAUCUCGUCGUGGAAUUUGUGCCCGGUGGCGAAGAAGAAGUGGUCCGAAAUCUCCAACUUGCCGUCAAAUUUGGAAUGGCCGCUGUCCAUAUCCACAUUCAUCGACAUCAGGCAUUCCCUGAAGUGUCACUUUUCAGCAAGAUCAUGUGUGGACUUCCUGGAUUGCACCAAAAUGUGGAGGUGUCUUCGGAUUCUCCAGUAGGAUCCACCGAUAUGUCAGCUUUGCCUUCUUCCAGUGGCACAGCUUCAAACAUGGCACCUGCAGUCUCGAAUAGCGUGCAGCAGGUCAACUCGACGCCCGGAUCCGAUACCUUGAUAUCGGACUAUGUUGCGGACGAGUACACCGAUAUGGAGGCACUUUGGCAACCCGAGACGUUCCCGGAGCAUCUUCCAGAACCCUGGUUCGCUCACUCUGGAGGCGCAGGCGCAUUAUAUGCCCCCGUGGACAUCAUCCCUGCUCCUUUUGUCCCUCUCGCUCCGGCUGCACAGAUCAUCCCUCCGGGCGCAUACUCUGGUCAAGAUGGUCGACCAGUGGCCAACAAGGGGAGCUCGAGCGGAGGCAGUCCAGUGCCCUCUACUCAGUCUGCCGCAUCGUCCAAGCCUAGCAAACCCUGGGGAGUGGAUGACGACGAUAAGCCGGAAAAGGUCUCAGAAUACGAGAGCCAUCCCAUGACGGUCUUUCCGCCGGGUGUUUCGCUCGAGCGGUGCGCAACGGCUGCUCGGGCCAUCAUUCGUUUGGAAGUACUGCAUCGAAGUGCCCAGAUCGCCAUGUACGAUGGAGCGCCCCGAUGGAUGCCAUUUUGCUCCUGUGGUCUCGUCGUUGGAGCCUACGCUUUCCUCCUUUUGGCUUUGGCUGUUCAAGCUGAACACGCCUACCAGACACCGAGCAAAGAGGCGGUCGAGCAGAUUGAGGGGCUGUUGACAAAUGUCAAGGUUAUCGUGGCGGGUCUGGAGGCUUACGGCGUGAUGUGGGAUGGAAUAGGUCAGAUGGGCCGGGAAGUAAGGGCGGCCUUGGAAGCUGCGGCGAGACUUCCGGAUGAGAUGAGAGCUCAGAUGGUCGCGUAUCAGAAUUCAGAUCAGACGGCUCUGACGAACGGGAAUGGAUACGGAGACAGCGUGUACGAUCAUUUCGCGGAGGGGUCGAUGAACGGUCAACUGGAUGAGAACGGAGAGGUUGUCCAGGUCGCACGAUGGGUGUGA